AUCACAACGCCGUCUACGACUUCAUUGUGGUUGGCUCUGGGCCAGCUGGCUGUGUCUUGGCCAAUCGUUUGUCUGAGAAUCCCCGAUGGCAGGUCUACCUAAUCGAAGCGGGUGGUGUUGAAACUAUAGCUCAUCAAAUUCCAAUAGCUGCCCCUUUGCUACAGGCAACCCAUUCCAAUUGGGGCUACAAGUCGGUGCCUCAGCGAGCCGCCUGUUUUGGCAUGAACAACCAGGAAUGUGCCCUGCCGAGGGGUAAAAUAUUGGGUGGUACCAGUUCAAUAAAUUUCAUGAUCUACAAUCGUGGAAAUCGUCGAGAUUUCGACAGAUGGGCGGAGUUUGGCAACCCUGGAUGGUCAUAUCAGGAUGUCCUGCCAUACUUUAAAAAAUCCGAAAAUUGUUAUGUAAACGGUUUGGAGCGUUCACCCUAUCACAAUCGUACCGGACCCUUAAAUGUGGAAGAUGUACGCUAUCGCACCGAGGCUGUCCAUGCCUAUCUCAAGGCAGCCCAGCAGGCAGGCCACAGGAGGACAGAUUAUAAUGGUGAGUCUCAAAUGGGGGUAUCCUAUGUCCAGGCAAAUACCCUGAAUGGCAGACGCCAGAGUGCCUUUCGGGCCUAUAUAGAACCCAUCCGACACACAAGAAAAAAUCUGCACAUUGUUACCAUGGCCAGGGUGACCAAGGUCCUGAUCGAUAAACAGACCAAACAGGCCUAUGGGGUAAGGCUGCUCUAUCGCAAUACCCUGUACACCAUCAAGGCCAGACAGGAGGUAAUACUCUCGGCAGGGGCCUUCAAUUCGCCACAACUGCUCAUGUUAUCCGGCAUUGGGCCAGAGGAUAAUCUAAAAGGCAUUCGAGUACCAAUUAUCAAGGCACUGCCGGUGGGUAAGCUGCUCUAUGACCACAUGAGCCAUUUUGGUCCCACCUUUACCACCAAUUCAACGGGCAAUACUUUAUCCCUUGCCAAAAUCGGGGCCCAGGAUCUGAAGUCCUUUGCCAGUGGCAACCCUUCGACAUUUUUAUCCUCGAUUGGGGGUGUGGAAGCCCUUACCUUUGCCAAGACCCCACACUCCAAGGAACCCCACGAUAUGCCAGAUGUGGAAUUUAUUACCGUGGCUGGCAGCCUGGCCUCGGAUGAGGGCACAGGCCUAACAGAGGGUGCCAAUUUCAGGCGGGAAAUUUACAACAAGGUCUAUAAGCCUCUCAAUGAUGCCCAAACGGAUCAUUUCAGUUUUCUGGUAAUGCAGUUCCACCCCAAGUCCGUGGGACGGCUAUGGCUACACAAUCGCAAUCCCCUCGAAUGGCCGAGAAUCAAUCCAAAAUUUUUCCACAAUUCCGAUGAUGUGGAAGAUAUUCUGGCGGGCAUUAAGGAAGUCAUACGCAUUAGCAAAAUGCCAGCCAUGCAGAAAUUGGGUGUCCGCCUGCAUGACAUACCAGUGCCGGGCUGUGAGGGCCACCGCUUUGACAGCGAUGACUAUUGGCGUUGUUCCAUUCGAGUCAUGUCGUAUACAUUGCAUCAUCAGGUGGCCACUUGUCGAAUGGGACCGGCAGCGGACAAUAGCACUGUAGUCAAUGCCCGGCUACAAGUCCACGGCAUUGGAAGGCUACGGGUGGCUGAUACCAGUAUUAUACCCUUUCCACCCACCUGCCACACAAAUGCCGCCUCAUUUAUGAUUGGUGAGAAGGCGGCGGAUAUGAUAAAGGAUUAUUGGCUGAAUAGGAGAUACGCCAUAUAA